CGAUUUCUGGUGUUGAGUCAUUUCCGUGUUUGUUGUUUUGGCCUUCAGUCUUGUGUGACGUAGAAUUAGAAGUGCUUUUUAUUCGUCAUUUUCCCUACUUGAGAGUAGAGAGACAAUGACAAAGUUCAGUAAAAGUUGAGUUCAAACUUCAUCGCCAAGAAUUAGAGUUGAGAUUCCUAGAGUAUUUGAGUACAGAAUCGGGCAGUAAGACUUGAGAGAAAGAGUAAAAUUUAGGAGUUUUGUUUUCGUGUCGUUUGUGAACAUGACUCUCCAGCAGAAUUUCAGUGUGUUGUUGUGUGCCAUUUUCGUUGUUGUGCCUUUGGUCUGUGCGGCUAAUGGUCGAUUCAAUGCUGCGAAACGAAAGACACAUGACUUGUGGAAUGACCAGACCACACAGGAGCAAAGACCAGUUAACAAGAGAGCAAACAAGCAGAAUGCUUGCCCUAAAGAAGAUUCACCCUACGGGAGUUGUGAGAAGAGUUGUUCUGGUGAUAGCGACUGUGACGGCGCUUUGAAGUGUUGCUCACAUGGUCCAGAGGGCUGCGGAACACAAUGCAAGGAAACUGUUAAAGAGACCAUGUGUGAUAUCCCUUGCCCGAGGAACAUUGACAGAGUAUGUGGAAGUGACGGAGUGACGUACAGCAACGAGUGCAUGUUGUAUUAUACCACAUGCACCAGAAACCAAAAUUUCAUUAGAAUGAAGGCCGGGGGGCCAUGCCAAAUGGAGGCUCCUUGUCAUGAAGAAUUGAAGAAAUACACACAUCCCCGGAUUGGACAAAUGAUUCCGCAGUGCAGCAGUGAUGGAUACUAUAAACCUAUGCAGUGUUGGGGAUCUACUGGGAGUUGUUGGUGUACAACAAGACAUGGACAUCCUAUCGACAUGCCCGAAGGAACUUCGAUUCUCUCUGAUGAAGAUUGUCUUGACUUUCUUAAAGAUGCUGAAUAAAUACGGACAUUUCAACGAGAUAAACCGAUCGACUUUCCCCAUUACUUGAUGCUGGAAAAAAAGUUUUUCAAAGCAAAGAUUAAUAUAUUACCAAAGACAAAUGGACUCUGUUGAAAGAAUGUGUAUGGUCUCAACUCAUAGACUUGUGUGUGUGUCUCAAUAUGCUUUUGUACCUUUUUCAGACUGUGAAUGUACUUUAAUGAUUGUUUUCAUUAUUUAUCGAUGAAUAAUCUGGUCAUUGAGUUUAAUGUUAUAGUAGGAAUUCAUAAGGGUAAAUUAGUUGUGGUUUAUAUAAAGUUUAAUAAAUCAUUCAAAGUUUGUUUAUUUACCAUGUGUCAGCCAAGUUAGUAUGAACUGGGCCAUAUUUCAUAGAGCUGCCUAACACAAAAAGCAGCCAAGCACAACAAAAUUAUGCUUACCAGACUGGGGUUACCAGCCAAAAUAUCAAGUCACAUACAUGUACAUACAUAUGUACACUUGGUGACUGUCAGUAUUUUGGUCAUUUCUGCUAAGCAGAAAUUCUUUUAAGCAGAAAUUCUUUUAAGCAACAUUUUCUGCUCGAGCAGCUACAAUGAAGUAUGACAUGGCAAUGGCACUAUGCAACAAAAAACACCAAAGCAAUACAAGUAUUUCCAAAAUUAACAAGUUUAGUGAAACUUCAUAUUAUUUUGGUUUGUCCCUGACCCAGAUUUAUAAUUACUUUGUACUUAAAUCCUGUUAUGUUGUUGAAGGUGGUUGGGGCACCACAGUUGAGAGUGUCAUGGCCGAGUGGUUAAGAGCAUCGAAUUCAAGUUCGGGUGCAGUCGCCAAAGUGUGGG